AGUCCUUUGCGAAUUCAGAUGGCGGAGAAAAAUGGCGGUGGCGAUCCGGAAGACGAAGAGAAAGACAAAGACGACGGUGGCGCUGACGGCGGUGCUUCACCGGCCGACGACGACGAGAACAACAUCAACAACAGCAAGGAGGAGAAGAAGAAGGAGAAUCCGCAUUCAGAUCCGGAGCUGCAAAUGUGCUUGCUCCAACCUUGCCCCGCAGACUCCGAUUCCGACUACAUCGGCAUUCGCCGCCUUCUCCUCUCCCGCAAGUCGCAGUCCUCCAUUCACCGCCGCCUCGAUUGGAGAUGCAACGGCAAGGGGUACGUGGCGUACCGGAACUACAUUCGGCGGCCGAGGAAUUGGGAGAAGGAUAGUCUCCGGACUCCGAGCCUCCAGACCACUCCGGGGAACAGCGGGCGAUGGAUUCAGCCUCCGAGUCCACUGUCGAUUUUGCACGACGUCGAGAGCUGGACUCCUGCUGGCAGGGAUUUGUAUAGUCCCAGUAUUCUUUCGUCUCGUAGAAGUGUUAGCUCUGCUACUAGUGAUACUACUGACCGCCCACGUCGGCGGGGUGAACAACCUGCAUAUUCGUUUGUAGGAAUGCAUUGCAUCUUCGACCAGUGCAGAGCCUCUGUGACUGUUUUGAAGUUUGGGCACAUGAGCUCAGAUCUGCUUGCGUAUGGAGCAUCGGAUGGAACUCUGACAGUAUGCACUGUCUCGGAUCCUCCUUCAAUUCUCAAGCAUUUGAAUGGUCACUCCAAAGAUGUUACAGACUUUGAUUUCUCGUCAAACAAUCAGUACAUUACAUCCUCUUCAGUGGAUAAAACGGUCAGAGUGUGGGAAAUCUCAAAAGGCGUAUGCAUACGAGUAAUAUAUGGAGUUUCUCCACAACUUUGUAUUCGUUUUCACCCUGUAAAUAACAACUUCCUUUCAGUUGGCAACGCAGACAAAGAAAUAACGGUUUUCAAUUUCAGUACCGGAAGGAUCAUUCAUAAGAUAUCGUUUGAUAGUCAAGUGACCGCUAUGGACCAUGCUCACACUGGACAGAUCAUCUUCUGUGGAGAUGGGACGGGGUGUAUAUAUUCUGUCAGCAUGAAUUCUCACACAGGAGUAUUAUCCCGCUCUCAUCGUCAUCGAAUUAGCAGCUGGCAGAAAUCUCCAGUCACAACUGUGGAGUACCGAAGUUUUUCUUUGUUAGCUCGGGGUCCAGUGUUGCUGACAUGUACUCAAGAUGGAAGUUUGUCUUUUUUCAGUGUUGCGCUGGAAAUACAAGGUUAUUUGACUCUUCGUUGCUCACUCAAAUUAACACCUCGAAUAUACAAUAUCCGGGCUUCCUUUUGUCCUCUGCUUUCCCUUGAAAAAGGAGAAUAUAUAGUUGCCGGGAGUGAAGAUUCAAAUGUCUACUUCUACGACUUAACUCGGCCAAAGCAUACUUGUGUAAACAAAUUGCAGGGUCAUCGAUUUCCUGUUAUUGGAGUAGCUUGGAACCAUGGAGAGAAUUUAUUAGCAUCAUCUGAUUUCUAUGGUACGGUUAUUGUAUGGAAGAGAUCAAAGGCAGGUUAAAACAAACAUAUACAGAGAUACAAGUUUCAAGUCAUACACGCGUUUGCAGGCUCUUUGCUUAAUUCUCAUUUUUUGCACAAAAUCUGUUCAUUACACUACAAAGUCCCCAUGUAUUGAUUGUUUACUGUAUCAGUAAGGUAAAGAAGAUACAGCGAAAUUUAUAGUAGUGUUGUAUCCUUCACCAAUUUAUUAAAUGAUAUCAAG